CGUGCGUCAAGAGGAAGAGCCGUGAGUCUCUCCAAAAUGGCGACGACCAUAGAAAGUGGCAAUGCAGGAGCUGCGAAUAGGAAAAAACACCUCGGAAUCCCCGAAGCAAUAUUUGUGGAAGAUGUGGAUGCCUUUAUGAAGCAGCCGGGCAAUGACACAGCAGACGCCGUGCUGAGGAAGCUGGAUGAACAAUAUCAGAAAUAUAAAUAUAUGGAGCUCAAUCUGGCUCAGAAGAAACUCAGGUUAAAAAGCCAGAUUCCACAAAUCAAACAGACAUUAGAAAUCCUACGACACAUGCAGAAAAAGAAGGACACUAAGGAUCCUAUGGAGACACACUUUCUGUUGGCCGAUAACGUCUAUUGCAAGGCCUCUGUCCCCCCCACAGAUAAAGUGUGUUUGUGGCUUGGGGCUAAUGUCAUGUUAGAGUAUGAUAUCGAUGAGGCACAGGCACUGUUGGAGAAAAACCUGGCCACAGCUUCCCGGAAUCUGGACUCUCUGGAAGAGGACCUGGACUUCCUCAGAGACCAGUUCACAACCACUGAAGUCAAUAUGGCACGCGUUUACAACUGGGAUGUCAAGAGAAGGAGCAAAGACAACCUCCUCAAAUCAGCUGAGCAGUCUUAGUAGACAGGGCUCAGUUUUGUCCCACACCACCCAAAUUCCUUCCCCAUCAGAAAAGUCACCUUCAUGUAUCUGUUUGCACCAACACCAACUGUUAUCUAUUGAUUUAUUACUUUUUAAAUUUUUUCAAGUAAAAGGUGAAAAAGAAAUGUCAAACAAAUGUAAUAAUGGCAGUUUCUUUUUUAUGACUCUAAUUAUUAGAUUUGUUUCAGAAUGGGUUCUCUCCACUGGCUCUCUACAUAUCUUCCUCUGUGCCCUUUUUGCUCUCUGUUCACACUCCUAUGGCCCUCAUGUUGCUUUCUGUGAAAUUCAACUUAACCAUAUUUUGGUGAGAGGGCCAUUGUCAAAAUACAGCGUGAAAAUAUUAGGGGGGCAUUUUUUUUUUCAUUUAUCAGCCUCUCUUUCCUUCACAACCACAUCCCUUUGCUUCAUGCUCCCUCGUCUGAUGACUGUUUUUUUCACCUCUUUAUCUGUAAUUAUUUGUCACAUUGUAUCCAUUAAACACUGAAUAAGGAACAAAUAAGAAGUGACUUGGGAAAGGCACAAAAUUAA